AUGAUGUCUCUGAGUUUCCUGUUCAUUUGGACUCUUUUUUUUUGUGCAUCAGAAAUUUAUCGCUGUGAGGGGCGCCGAAUUGUGGCCGUUGGAGACCUUCACGGAGAUCUUAAUCAAACUCUUUCCAUUUUGCGACUCACAGGUAUUGUAGAUGAUCGACAGCAUUGGAUUGGAGGAGACACUUACUUUGUUCAGCUUGGUGAUAUUCUUGACGUAGGACCAGAUGAUCUUAGUAUUGUACGUCUUUUUAUGAAACUGGAAAAAGAGGCACGUGAAAAAGGUGGAAAUGUCAUUCAACUUCUAGGCAACCAUGAAAUAAGAAAUCUUGUGGGAGACUACAGCGCUGUAGAUCCAAGUAGUCUUGCGCAUUCUGGCGGUAAACGUGGACGUGAUUUGCUUCUUUCUAACCAAACUGCCUUGGGGAUGUAUCUACGUACAAGAAAAGCCAUAUUUCAUCAUAAUGAAUUUCUUUUCAUGCACGGUGGUUUGUCAGCAGAAACGGGAAACAUGAUCACCAGUAUAAAAAAGAUAGAGGAGUUUAACGAUGCUCUCCGUAAUGCUCUAGUUAAUAAUACGUUGACACCUUUGGGAAAAGCUGGUCUUAAUAUGGCUGAAGACGAUGAGGAUAAGGUUGCAAAUCCGAUUCUUGUUCGUUCCAUUUUAAAUGUUCGAUGUGGAGAAUUAAAGAAUGUCUUAACCAAAAAAUUUCCGGGAAUAAAAUCAGUGGUGGUGGGUCAUGUACCGCAUGAUCCUGAAGAUUUUUCAGAUUGGCGUCUUUGUGAUGGAUCUUUGAUUGCAAUAGAUUUUGGAUUAAGUCGUUGGAAAAAAGGAGAUCCAGGUCAUGUAGCUGCAUUGGAAAUAGAUGAUGAAUCAGGUCAUGUUCUUUUGUUGGAAUCUACUGUUGAUUUUCAUGAGUUUAAACCAGAUAUACAUAAUACAACUGUAUCUGAUAUAAGACCUUCACUUCCUCUCAUUAAACUGGCUGGUGCCGUAGUUGGUUUAAUUGUUAUAUUGGGUCUACUUGCCAUUUGGAUGUUAUCAGGAUUGAGAGUUAAAUCUUUCUCGGGGGAACGACAUGAGUCGUACGGUUCUAUAGAUUCUUCGGCUAAUGUUUAG